GCCAGCUCUUGUGUAUGUGGCUGGUACCCUAGCCACUGAGCUACAAGUGCCAAACCUUAUUUUCUAGUUAUAUAAAAUUUUCUCUGCCUUCAAGGUCACUGUGGCAAGAGUUCACAAGAAGUUUAUGCAUAGCACCUGUUCCCAUGUUUGGCUUAUGGAUUGAUCCGAGCACCUUACUUUGAGGACUAGGGAGCUCAAGGUUGAAAUAGAAUUCAAGGAAGAACAUUUUGUACUCGCUGCUCUACCCUAUCAGGCCUCUUAGCAUUCUAAGCCCACCGAAAUGAGAUGACAGUCUCAUCCUAAGGACCACAGAAUGUUGCUGAAGAGCAAGGUCUGGACAUGGAGUUCACUGGCCUUCGUUCUAACCUGACUGGGCCCCAACAGAUCAGUCUUUUUGAUUUGCCAUCCGAGUGGUAUCUGAAGACCCGUCAGAGUGUUCAGCAAUUUACAAUCUGUCAGAUUGGGCUGUCUGUGUUUUCCAGAAUGGAAGGAGAGUCAAACAAGUAUGUAGCCCAUUCAUGUAACUUCUUUCUCUUCCCUACAACAUUUGGGAUUUUGGAUUCAGAAUUCUCUUUCCAGGCUUCUAGCGUUCAGUUUUUGAAUCAGUAUGGCUUCGACUACAACAAGUUUCUCAAAAAUGGAAUCCCAUAUAUGAAUGAAGAACAGGAAAAGAAAAUCAAGCACAAUAUUCUGUGUGGGAACUGGAGAGUUCGCAGUGCUCUAGAUAAAGACCAAAUCAAGGUGGUAAUUGAUGAAGUGACACGGUGGCUGCAGCUGGCUGAGGAGGGCGACUGGUUGACUCUUCCUGGUAUCGCUGGGUUCCAGGCCUUUGAGGUCCAGUUGGUGCUGAGGCAGGCCCUCCCCAACAUCUGGACGGUGCAGAGAGAGGAAGGGGUGGUAGUGAAGAAAGUGAGUAAACAGCAUCGCUGGUACCUUGAGAACACUUCUUGUGAUAGAGCAAGCUGUUGGAGGGAAAAGAUUCUUCUCUCUGCGAGGGGUUUUUCUGUCUUUUUCCAAAUGCUGGUGAAAGCUCAGAAGCCCUUAGUGGGACAUAAUAUGAUGAUGGAUCUGCUGCAUCUCCACGAGAAGUUCUUCAGACCUCUCCCAGAAAGCUACGAUCAAUUUAAGCAGAACAUCCACAGCCUGUUUCCUGUUAUCAUCGAUACCAAGAAUGUGACAAAGGACAUCUGGAAGGAACUGAAUUUCCCGAGGGUUUCAAAUCUUUCUGAAGUGUACGAAGUCCUGAACAGUGACUUGAAUCCCACCAAGAAUUCUGGACCAGUGAUUGUUCACUCAAACAGCUGUGAAAAAUAUGUGGAGACGAAGUGCCCCCAUGAAGCUGCAUAUGACGCCUUCCUUUGCGGCUCAGUUCUUUUGAAAGUGGCACACUUGCUCCUGGAGAGGGUACAUGGCAUCGAUCCCAUAUCUGAGUCCACCUUUCCUCAGUACCUUGACGUGCUGGCCCCAUAUGUGAACCAAGUGAAUCUUAUCCGAGCUGGGGUCCCUAAAAUCAAUUUUUCUGGUCCAGAUUAUCCCAGUAUCCGACCUCCCAUCCUCCUCCUCAGUGUCAGCAAGUGGCCUGGGGUCACAGAGCAGCAAGUCUACUGCGAGUUUCAGAACCUCUGCAAGUUUGACGUCAGGCGCCUCACGCGCAGCCAGUUCCUGCUCCUGACCAAUAAGUUCAAGGACGCUCGGAACAUCCUGAAGGAGUACAGGAGCCAUCCAACCCUGCAGGUCUCCCUGUAUCGGUACUGGCGACACUCCCCAAAUGUCAACUGCCUGCUACAAGUCUGUGGCAUAGUGACCACCUGGGCCCUCCUGACGUUUAUCCUGGGAAGAUCCUGCCCCUGAGGGCAGUGAGGCCUCCUGCAGCUUCCCCCUCAUCCACACUCCCUGGGAUGGUGUCCUGGGUUCCCUUUGUUUAAAUUAUUCUGUUUGGAGAUGGGUCUCUGUGGUCCUUACUAGAAAUUUUAUUUUAUUUUAUUUUUAUUAAAUCAUAGCUGUGUACAUUGAUAUAUUCGUGGGGCAUCAUUCACUAGCUUCACCGACCGUUUACCAAGUUUCACAUAUACCCUUGUAAGAUGCACUGCGGUGUAAUCCCACCAAUCCCCUUCCCUUUACCCACCUCUCCCCACCCUCCCCUCCCUUUCCCCCUUCCCAAAUUUUAUUUUUUGAAUGUAAAAUUCUGUAAACACUAUCAAUGAUAAAGAAA